GAUAGAAAGAAUAAAAAAGAAAAACGGUACAGAAAAAAAUCACCUAAUGAUGAAAACAUCAUUUCUCUUUCUUUAAAUAAUAAAGUGUUAGAAAAUGUUAAUAAUGAUGAAAGAAACGAAGGUGAAUUUAUAUACGAUGUAUGUGAUCUUGAAGAGUUUGUAGUCUGCAAGUUUAGAGAUAACGAAGAAAAGGAAGACCCUGUCGAAUUCUCCACAAUUGUAGAAAUUGAAAAGGAAUUGAUCAAUGAUGAAAUUCUGCCUUUGGAAUUUGAAAACGAAGAACAAAAUUUCUAUAAUAUCAUUAACGUGUUACUCAUACCGCUUCAAGAGGGAUCAGGAUAUUAUUGA